CGUGACACGAAGGGAAUAUGAAACAGGUGUCAAAAUGACAUCCAGAUUUGGAAAGACCUACAGUAGGAAAGGGGGAAAUGGCAGUUCGAAGUUUGAUGAAGUCUUUUCUAGCAAACGGACCACCCUUAGCACAAAAUGGGGAGAAACCACCUUUAUGGCCAAAUUAGGACAAAAAAGGCCCAAUAUAAAACCAGAUAUUUCAGAAAUUCCUAAAAAGCCCAAAGUUGAAGAUGAGGUAACAGAAGAUCCUUUUGGAUUUGACAGUGAUGAAGACUCUCUGCCUGUUUCUUCAAAGAAUGUGUCACAGGCUAAAAGCUCCUCUCAGCCUGAACCCACUGAAGCUGCUCAGUCUGAGGACUUCACUUCUCUACUUGAAGCUAAUAGCAAAAUUAAUCAGUCAGUCAGCAAAGACAACAUUGUGUCCAGCAAGUGCAUAUCUUUUGACAAUGUUGUUUAUGGCUUAAAAGAAAAGAGCACAAACAGAAACAUGGAGGAUGGGGAAAGCAGAAGCAGUAGUACUAAAUUCAUAACUGCAGAUAAAAUGGAGAAUUUUAAUGAGGAUAAUGAGAACAGUCAUUUCAUUUACAAGAAUGCUGAAGACUGUAAUAAAACCAGUAUCGAAACCAUAGAUGUUUCUGGGUGCUACAUUGAAACCAAGAACUUGCAUGACUCUUGGGACUCGCAUAUUGAGAAGAGCGCAGACUCUCUGUCAGAAACUUCUCAGAUGAAGGGAUCAUUAAGAACUCAUUCAUAUAUAUGGGAUAAUAACGAUAUUGAAGACAUGAGACCUGCAGAGUACAUGUUAGAUUUUGAUAAUGAACCUCUCCCAGACAUGAAGAACAAGGAUGAGGAAUUUGAUAAAGAAGAUAUGGAAAAUCCAAAGGAAGCCAUUAGCGAAGAACUUUUGCAAACUAUUCCUAGACCGAGCAACUGCAGGACAUAUUGUAGAUCCAACAAAUCAAAGCCACAGGGGGCAACAAACUUUGAUAGGCUAAUGGAUGGCACAAGUCAGUCUUUAUCCAAAGCAAAUAAUGAGUCAAAUAAUGAUGGUCUGAAUUCAGCAAGAAAAGUUGGUUUAAGUAGUGGGACCACUUUUAGAGGGCCAGUUGGACGGACUAGAGACUACACUGUUCUCCAUCCAUCUUGCUUGUCAGUUUGUAAUGUUACUAUACAGGAUACGAUGGAACGUAUUGAUGAAUUCACCACAGCAGCUCCUACUGACUUGGGAGAAGCUGGGCGUUUGAGGAAAAAGGCAGACAUUGCAACCACCAAGACUACAACCAGAUUUCGACCAAGCAAUACCAAAUCCAAAAAAGAUGUCAAACUGGAGUUUUUUGGGUUUGAUGACCAAGAUGAGGGAGGGGGAGAUGAAGGUGGCUCUAAAAGCUCUGGGAGCUCCAAUUAUAAAAUUAAAUACUUUGGGUUUGAUGACUUGAGCGAAAGUGAGGACGAAGAUGAUGACUGGCAGUUAGCAGAACGGAAAGCUAGCAAAAAACGAAAUAGAACAGCUCCAUCCUGCUCAUUGCAGGCCAGCUCUGAUGGAAAUGAGAAUUGUUCCCAGGACAGUCAAAUGAGUGCUAAUACAGAUCUACUGGAGUUUUCAGAAGAUCCAUCAGGUGUCCCUGAAGGCAAUAAAAAACCCACAAACAAACAAGGUGAUAAAUCUAAGGAAAACACCAGGAAGAUCUUUAGUGGGCCAAAGAGGUCACCAACAAAAGCUGUGUAUAAUGCUAGACACUGGAACCAGCCAGAGUCGGAGGCUCUACCAGCACCACCAGUAUUGAAAACUCCAAGCAUACCAGUAAGGCUAUCUUCAAAGGAGGCAAUUCAUAAAGAUGAUGGAGUUUUUAAGGCUCCUGCACCACCUCCCAAAGUGAUAAAAACUGUGACAAUACCUACUCAGCCCUAUCAAGAGAUAGUAACUGCAUUGAAAUGUAGGAAAGAAGACAAAGAAUUAUACACUGUUGUUCAGCAUGUAAAGCACUUCAAUGAUGUAGUAGAAUUUGGCGAAAAUCAAGAGUUCACAGAUGAUAUUGAAUAUUUGCUAAGUGGACUGAAAAGCAAUCAGCCCCUAAACACACGUUGCCUUAGUGUAAUCAGCCUGGCGACAAAGUGCGCCAUGCCCAGUUUCCGCAUGCAUUUGAGAGCACAUGGCAUGGUCGCCAUGGUCUUCAAAACACUGGAUGACUCCCAACAUCAUCAGAAUUUAUCUCUUUGUACAGCAGCUCUAAUGUACAUUCUGAGCAGAGAUCGUUUGAAUAUGGAUUUAGAUCGAGCUAGUUUAGAUCUGAUGAUUCGACUUUUAGAGUUAGAGCAAGAUGCUUCUUCUGCCAAGCUGCUGAAUGAAAAAGAUAUGAACAAAAUUAAGGAAAAAAUUCGGAGGCUUUGUGAAACUGUUCACAACAAACAUCUUGACUUGGAAAACAUCACAACUGGGCAUUUGGCUAUGGAGACAUUGCUAUCUCUUACUUCAAAACGAGCAGGGGACUGGUUUAAAGAAGAGCUGCGACUUCUAGGUGGUCUUGAUCAUAUUGUAGAUAAAGUCAAAGAAUGUGUGGAUCACUUAAGCAGUGAUGAAAAUGAAGAGAAAUUGGUUGCUUCAUUAUGGGGCGCAGAAAGAUGUUUACGGGUCUUAGAAAGUGUAACUGUACAUAAUCCAGAGAAUCAAAGCUACUUGAUCGCCUACAAAGACUCACAACUCAUAGUUUCAUCAGCUAAAGCAUUGCAGCAUUGUGAGGAAUUGAUCCAGCGAUAUAACCGUGCUGAAGAUAGUAUCUGUUUACCAGACAGUAAGCCUCUGCCUCACCUGAAUGUAACUAACCAUGUGGGUAAAGCAGUGGAAGAUUGUAUGAGAGCCAUCAUUGGUGUUUUGCUGAACUUAACAAAUGAUAAUGAGUGGGGUAGCACAAAAACAGGUGAACAAGAUGGUCUGAUAGGCACAGCUAUGAAUUGUGUGCUUCAGGUUCCAAAGUUCCUACCUCAAGAACAGAGAUUUGAUAUCCGGGUGCUGGGUUUGGGUCUGCUGAUCAAUCUGGUAGAAUAUAGUGCUCGCAACAGACACUGCCUUGUCAGUAUGGAAACAUCAUGUUCUUUUGAUUCGUUCUGUUUGGGGGAAGGAGAUGAUAGCCUAAAGAUAACCAGGCAGAUUGAUGCUGUUCAGGCUUUAGUACAGCUAUUUCUUGAGCGUGAGCGAGCAGCACAGCUGGCUGAGAGCCAGACAGAUGAGUUGAUUAAAGAGGUUCCUGCUGCUCAGCAUGAUAAGAGUGGAGAAUGGCAAGAGACAAGUGGAGAGAUACAGUGGGUCUCAACAGAAAAGGCAGAUAAUGAAGAGAAAAAUAAGAAGGAGGAGGAUGAUGAGGAACUUGAUCUUAAUAAAGCUCUUCAGCAUGCUGGGAAGCACAUGGAAGACUGCAUUGUGGCCUCAUACACAGCAUUGCUUCUAGGCUGUCUCUGCCAGGAGAGUCCAAUUAAUGUGACUACUGUGAGGGAAUACUUACCUGAAGGGGACUUCUCAAUAAUGACUGAAAUGCUCAAAAAGUUUCUCAGUUUCAUGAAUCUUACUUGUGCUGUUGGAACAACAGGCCAGAAAUCUAUCUCUAGGGUGAUUGAAUACUUGGAACAUUGCUAGAUACUUAACUUCCGCUGCAAGCACUCUAAUGCUGGAGCUACCCUUAGACAAAGGAAGAAGUCAUGAAAGAACUCCUUGAAGAUACACCAUGAGCAUUCAUCUGUGUGAUUCGUGUUCAGAUUUUUAAGGCUACCUGGUCUCUUAACCAUGCAUCCACCGUUUUCUAAAAGACAGUUACUACAUCAAUCUGCAACUAUCAAAAAUCAGGGGAAAAGUUUCUGAAGAAAAGAGAGAAUCCAUGCUGUUUAUGAUGCAGUGCAGUCUUUAAAUAUUUCUGGCAGGGUUUACCCUCCUUUUUUUUUUUCUUUCCUUGCUUUCUUCACGACAAGUUUAAAGGGGAAAAACAUGCUGCUGAUAGUGCAACUGCUGUUUACUGUUGAGCCACUGUUUCAUGCCAGCCAGGUGCAAAGGCAGCUUAGCUACUGAGGUAUCAUAUGUUCUAAUAAAGAAGUUCUGGACAGCAGCAUCGCUCCUAUUUGAGUUUAAUUUGCUCUUGCUUUUUUAUUACUAGAUUAUUCCAAAAUCAUAAAAUAUAAAAUUUUUAAUACUUUGUGAUUUUAACUACUGUCUAUAUUUAAAAUUUGUUGGAAUCCAAAGAGGUGAGGAUUGGAUAGUUUAUUUUUUAUACUGUUUGAUUGAAAUUAGGUGGUUGAACUACUUCAGUUCUAAAACUGUCAUGGCCCAUAUACUGUAAACUGAUAGACCAUAACACAUCACAGUUCCAAGAUGCAUGCAGAAAACAUAAACGCAUCAAACUGUUUGAGGGUAUAUUAUCAAAAAAUGCAGUAACUGUAAGAAGUGCCCUGUUAAAGGACAGAGUAAUACAAUAUUCAGUCCCAGGGUAGUUUACACUUCAUACUAAGCAAAAACUAUCAAAUACUGUUUUGAUUUGUUUCAGGGGAGCACUCAAUAUAUAUUUUAUAAUGCUCAAUACAAAGAAAUUGGAUGUUUUAGGGGGAAAGUAUUUAAAGAAGCUAAAACACCAAUGGGGAUUAAUGUUUCCAGCUGACAUAAUCUUUCUAUUUCAUUUUUAUGUGGUAUGACAAAGUUAAAUGCAUACAACACAAAGCCUUAAAUUGCUGAUAUAGCUAAGAUUUUGUUCAGUCGGAGAUCUAGUUCACAGCAGAAUAUUGUGUUUGAAGACUUUAGUGGAACAAAAAAAUCCCAGAAAAUGUGUGAUUUUUUUUUUUUUUUUUUUUUUCCUUAACAUUUCUUUUUUGUGCACUCAUUAUUCAGACCAACAAAAUUGGUAAUUAUUUUUAUUAAACUGGUCUUGAAUAUUGGCAGGCUAUUGAUCUGCUUCAUCAACAUUUAAAUACCGGUGUAGGUAGUUGCAUCAUGUUACUCCAUUGAAUUUGUAAAACUUGAAGCCAUAAAAAUAUUAGUUAUAUAUAUAAUAAGGGGGAAAUAACAGGAAAUCUAACCUGCUUUUAGAUCUUGUGUUAUCUCCGUGUAUAAAGUUACAAACUUGUGCUUUUUGUAUCAGUGCCAGCUGUAAAUUUUUUACAUACAGUGGCUGCCUUCUAUGUCUUCCUAUUUUUGAUAAUGCAGAUUGUUGGGAAUUCUGUAAGGAAGUAACUGAUUAGCGGCAAAAUUCCUAUGUUGGUCAUAACUUUUUUACAUUUUCUCUCAUCACCUUCUAAAACGUAGUGUACCAGUGUAACUUAGAAAAGAUUUUAAGCUUGUAUGUCCUUUGGCUAUAAAUGUAAGUAUAUGAGAGAGGGAAACUGUGUAUGUAAAUUAUCUCUGGCAAGAUAAAUUUAUUUAAUUUUUCCCACUUGCACCUGUGAUUUUAGAGCAAUGGCUUUUCAUUUAUAGUUGAAUUUCAAAAAGAAUGAAAUUUUUGUUGAAGGUGACAAGGGAUAGUAAGUCCAUACAAAAUGAGGAGAAAAGCAAGGAUAAGUAAAUUUCUCUGUUACACUGGUAAUUUAAUGAGAAUUGAUUUACCUCGGUGUUUAACAGUUUUUUAAAAAUAACUAAUUGUCAAGCACUGACAAAUGCAGAUUUUUUUUUGAGGGUGGGGGGAGAAAUAAACCCUGUGAACUGCAGUGCAUUUUUGUGUGUUAAACCCUCAAAUAACUCUGCAUUAAAGGGUACUUGAGGCCAACUUGCAAAUUAAAGUUUUAAAGUAACUUUUUUUCCAUUGUAAAUAUUUGUGUAAAUACUCUCAAUUGGAAACUAGAACAGUAGAGUACUUUUCUGAAUCCAAUCCUAUUUUUAUUUUAUACAGUAUUUCUCAGCUGUGAUCUUUGGAGCAAAAGCCAACGGCAGGAAAAAUAGUUUGUACCAGUUUCAUGAAGUAUGUCUUUGGGUUUUUGUAAAUAAUUUUAACUCAAAUAAAAUUGCUACUUUCAAUACA